AUGCAUCUAGUUGUGGUUGAAAAUAAGACUUUAAUGCUUAUAAAAAUUGGGCAAUAUAUAAGAGAUUUUGGCCUUUUAAAACCUCAAACAUGGACUUCAGAAGUAAUUGCUGAACAUCAAUAUUACUCUAACAAUGUUAAAUACAGAUCACUUGCUGAAAAAUCUUACUCUCAGAUAACUACUCUUUAUAAUGAAGUUGUAUUUCAUGUACUUUAUAAAUCUAAAAAUGAAUUUGUAUCAACAAUCAAAUUUUCUAUAUUUUUAGAUAAAAAAGCAAGUCAAGGAAAAACCUUUCUUAUUAAUGCAAUUUGUUUAGCAAUAUAA